AUGGACGACCUCUAUGAGGCUUCGUUCAAGGUCUUUGUCCACUCGCCAGACGGACGCCCGGCAAAGGUCGAGGUCGAGAAGGCCAAGAACGAGUACAGAGCACUCAAGGACGAGCUGGAUCACCACGGUGGCUCGGUCUCCCGCCUGGCGCGGGCUAUUGCCGACCAGACGGCCGAAAUCGAGGAGAUUGAGGCCGGCAUUGCCGCCAACAAGGGCGUUGUCACCUCGUUGAGCGCAGAUCUCAACGAGCUGCACGGCGAUCCGGCUGCCGUGCUCAAGGUCGAGCGGACCGAGGACGCGUUGGCGGACGCCCAGGACGAGCUCGCCGAUCGCGAGGCCGAGCUGCGGAGCGCCCGCGUCGAGCUGACAAAGUUCAAGCGCGAGUACAAGCUUGUCCGUGCCAAGCUCGACGUCGGUCUUGCACGCAAAGACCAGCUCAAGGCCCACAUCGGAUCGCUCCACGCUGAGUUGUACGAGGCGUGGAAGGCGUGGGAUGAGGCCAACACCGCCGCAGGUAUCCCGGCCCCGCUCGCGGCGGGCACCGUCCGCAUUGCAGGCGCCGCCCCACGCAGGUCUCGGCGUCGGGCAAACGACCCUCACCCGGAUGCUGCCUACCGCCAGCUCUUUGACGUCCGCGGCACCGGCGUUGUCACGCUCGACGAGCUCAUGCAAGUUCUUGACACCAUCGGCGCCCGCACCGCGGGCCGCGACGAGGUCGCUGCUCUCUUCCAGCGAUACACCGCACGCGACGGCACCAUCGACGUCCGCGACAUCCUUGCUGUUAUUCUGCACGACUCUUAG